UAAACCGGUUGCGCUGCCGUCUGGUUGUUCAAACGCAGGUACGCCGUGCCAAGUGGCAGUCGAUAGCUCCAGUUCCAGCUCCACGCCACAGAAACUCCAACAACUCCAACAACUCCAACAACUCCAAUCUCACUCAGCCACUCAGAGAAGUAAACAAACAAAAAUGUCGCAGGUGAAGAACGAGAAAGUGGGCAUCGUGGGCAGCGGACUCAUCGGCCGCUCGUGGUCCAUGCUGUUCGCCUCGGUGGGCUACCAGGUGGUGCUCUUCGACAUCCUGCCCGAGCAGGUGUCCACCGCCCUGACCGCCACCCAGAAGGAGCUGCAGGACCUGGAGGCCAAGGGCCUUCUGCGUGGCAAGCUGACCGCCGCCCAGCAGUUUGCCUGCAUCUCGGGCACCAACGACCUCAAGGAGCUGGUCAAGGGUGCCAUCUUCGUCCAGGAGUGCAUCCCCGAGCGCCUCGACCUCAAGGUGGCCCUCUACAAGCAGCUGGACGCCGUCGUCGGCCCCAACACCAUCCUCUCCAGCUCCACCAGCACGUUUCUGCCCUCCCUCUUCAGCGCUGACCUGAAGAACAAGGCCAACGUUUUGGUGUCGCAUCCCGUCAACCCGCCAUACUACGUGCCGCUGGUCGAGAUCGUGCCGGCCCCCUGGACCAAACCGGAAUGGGUGCAGAAGACGCGGGCCAUCAUGGACGAGAUCGGGCAGAAACCAGUUACGCUGUCGCGGGAGAUCGAGGGCUUCGCCCUCAACCGCAUCCAGUACGCGAUCCUCAACGAGACGUGGCGCCUGGUGGAGGCGGGCAUUCUGAACGUCAAGGACAUCGACAGCGUGAUGAGCAACGGGCUGGGGCCGCGCUACGCGUUCCUCGGCCCCCUGGAGACCGCCCACCUGAACGCCGAGGGCAUGGCCAACUACUUCGAGCGCUACUCGAAGACCAUCUACGCGGUCAGCGAGACGAUGGGACCCACCCCCAAGAUGGAGGGUCCCGUUGCCGUCGAGGUGGCCAAGCAGCUGGGCGAGAUGGUGCCGCUGGACCAGCUGGCCGCCCGCCGCAACUACCGCGACAACUGCCUCACCCAGUUGAGCAUUCUCAAGAGCAAGCUCAACAAGUAGACCUUUUUUGUUUAUUGUUUGUUAUUUCCUACUUAUGCCCGUUAAAUAUAUGGAAGUUUAUUAUCUGGUAA